AUGAGAGGCUUCCUCACUGUCCUCAGCCUGGCCACGGCCGCCUCGGCCGCGCCCUCGUGGUUCAGCACAGAGACCAUCCACGAUGGCUCUGCCCCCAUUCUCUCCUCGGCUGGUGCCGAGGAUAUCCCCAACUCGUACAUCAUCCGCUUCAAGGACCACGUGACCGAGUCCUCCGCUGGUGAGCACCACUCGUGGGUCCAGCAGCUCCACGGCGAGCGUGAGGACGACCGCCUCGAGCUCCGCAAGCGUGGCGUUGUCGACGCCUUCCGCGGUCUCGGCCACACCUUCAAGAUUGGGUCCGACUUCCUGGGCUACUCGGGUCACUUUGACGAGGAGACCAUCGAGCAGGUCCGGAACCACCCUGAUGUCGCGUACAUCGAGAGAGACAGCAUUGUCUAUGCCCUCGGUUCUGAGGAGCCUGAGCUCGAGAAGAACGCCCCUUGGGGUCUUGCUCGUAUCUCGCACCGCCCGUCGCUCUCCUUCGGCACCUACAACAAGUACCUGUUUGCUGCCGAGGGUGGUGAGGGUGUUGAUGCGUACGUCAUUGACACUGGUACCAACAUUGAGCAUGUUGACUUUGAGGGCCGCGCCAAAUGGGGCAAGACCAUCCCCAGCGGCGACCAGGACAUCGACGGCAACGGCCACGGCACCCACUGCUCCGGCACCGUCGGUGGCCACAAGUACGGUGUUGCCAAGAAGGCUCACAUCUAUGCCGUGAAGGUUCUUCGCUCCAACGGCUCCGGCACCAUGUCCGACGUCGUCAAGGGUGUCGAGUACGCUGCUGAGCAGCACAUGGCGCAGGUCAAGCUCGCCAAGGACGGCAAGCGCAAGGGCUUCAAGGGCUCUACCGCCAACAUGUCCCUCGGUGGUGGCAAGUCGCCCUCGCUCGACCAGGCUGUCAACGCCGCCGUCGACGCUGGUCUCCACUUCGCCGUCGCUGCCGGUAACGACAACGCCGAUGCUUGCAACUACUCUCCUGCCGCCGCCGACAAGGCUGUCACCGUCGGUGCCUCUGCGCUUGAUGACUCGCGUGCUUACUUCUCCAACUGGGGCAAGUGCGUCGACAUCUUUGGCCCUGGUCUCAGCAUCCAGUCGACCUGGAUCGGAAGCAAGACUGCCAUCAACACGAUCUCUGGUACCUCGAUGGCCUCGCCCCACAUCUGCGGUCUCCUGACCUACUUCCUCUCUCUCCAGCCUGCCUCGGACUCUGAGUACGGCAUGGCUGCCAUCACCCCUGCCAAGCUCAAGAAGGCCAUGAUCGAGCUCGCUACCCCCGAUGCUCUUAGCGACAUCCCCGCCAACACCCCCAACUUGCUCGCCUACAACGGUGGUGGCCGCAGCAACUACUCCGAGAUCAUGGAGCUCGGCCAGAAGGCUUAG